AUUACAGGUACAUAAACACGUUCAUAUAAAUUAGGGCAAAUAUUGAGGAAACUAAAAGUUCUCGUAACGAAACUGACGCUCGUUUGUCUACACCAUGGGAGUACCAGCAUUUUUUCGCUGGUUGUCGCGGAAAUAUCCGUCCGUGAUAAUCGAAGCAGUCGAGCAGAAGACAGUGGACGAUCAGGGAAAUGUUGUGUACGAAAAUCUUUCGGAUGCGAACCCGAACCGGGUGGAGUUUGAUAAUUUGUACCUGGAUAUGAACGGUAUCAUCCAUCCGUGUACACACCCGGAAGAUAAACCGGCACCGAAGAACGAGGACGAGAUGAUGGUCGCUAUCUUCGAGUGCAUCGAUCGGCUGAUGAACAUCGUUCGACCGCGAAAGGUGCUGUACAUGGCCAUCGAUGGUGUCGCGCCACGUGCCAAAAUGAACCAACAGCGGUCACGUCGCUUCCGGGCGUCUAAAGAGUCGGCAGAAAAAGCGACCGAAAUUGCCCGUAUCCGGGAGGAGCUGGCGGCCAAAGGUGCAAUUUUGCCACCGGAAAAAGAAAAGGGAAGUCACUUCGAUUCUAACUGCAUUACACCUGGCACACCGUUUAUGGAUCGGUUGAGCAAAUGUCUGCAGUAUUAUGUGCACGACCGAAUGAACAACAAUCCGGGAUGGAAGAAUUUGAAGGUUAUUCUGUCGGAUGCUAACGUGCCCGGCGAGGGCGAACACAAAAUCAUGGAUUACAUUCGGAAACAGCGAGUGCAGCCGGACUAUGAUCCGAACACUCAUCACGUGCUGUGUGGUGCCGAUGCGGAUCUGAUCAUGCUGGGGCUAGCCACGCAUGAAACUCAUUUUACGAUUAUUCGUGAGGAGUUCCUCCCGAACCGUGAACGACCGUGCGACAUCUGUCAGCAGAUGGGGCACGAAAUGAAGUGCUGCACCGGGUUACAGUCGGAGCGUGAACUGGCAAACCGGACGCCACCAGCACCAGGCAAGGAGACGCAGUACAUAUUCGUGCGGCUGAACGUGCUGAAGGAGUACCUGCAGAAGGAACUGGAUAUGCCCAACUUACCGUUCGAGUACGAUUUCGAGCGCGUGCUGGACGAUUGGGUGUUUAUGUGCUUUUUCGUCGGUAACGAUUUCCUUCCACAUCUCCCCAGCUUGGAGAUUCGAGAGAAUGCAAUCGAUCGGUUGGUGACGCUGUACAAGAAGUGUGUUUAUAAAACACGCGGCUAUCUAACCGACUCGGGCAGCGUGUUGCUCGACCGGGUGGAAAUGAUCAUGACCGAUCUGGGUUAUGCGGAGGACGAAAUUUUUCGGCAGCGUAAAGUGAGCGAAGAUCGUUUCAAGGAGCGCAACAAGCGUAUGCGAAUGCAGAAGGAUCGCUCUCAGCGUCCCAAUUUUCAACAGCUAAAUAAUUCUCAGUUCGCUCCGACGCCGCUCGGUCGUGGUGUGCAACCGCAGGCAAUUGUGAAUCCGCGCCAGGAAGCGGCCCAUUUUCGAAUGCUUGGACAAGGUGGGAAUGCGAAACAAGAUAAUGCUGCCGGUAGCAGUACAGACCAGCCGGAACGGCGCGGCACCAAGCACAAAUUGGAUGAAUCAUUAGCGGUAGCGUUAGCUGAGGAAGAGGAAACGCCCGACGAGGUACGGCUGUGGGAGGAUGGAUUUAAGGAACGUUACUAUGAAUCUAAGUUUGACGUUACGUCGCAGAAUACCAGCUUCCGGCAAACGGUUGCCUGGGAGUACGUACGAGGACUUUGCUGGGUGUUACAAUACUACUACCAGGGCUGUGCCUCCUGGGAAUGGUACUUCCCGUACCACUAUGCACCGUUCGCGUCUGACUUGAAGCACCUGGAAAAUGUAAACACUCACUUCGAUCGGGGCACGCCGUUCAAACCCCUGCAGCAGCUAAUGGGCGUGUUCCCGGCCGCCAGUCGUAGUCACGUACCGGAGGCAUUCGCCGAACUGAUGAUCGAUCCGCGAAGUCCCAUUAUUGACUUCUAUCCGAUCGAUUUCCGCAUCGAUCUGAAUGGGAAAAAGUUUGCCUGGCAGGGUGUAGCCCUGCUUCCAUUCGUCGACGAGAAACGACUGUUCAAGGCAACGGAUCCGAAGGUACCGUUGCUCACCGUAGAAGAACAACUUCGCAACGAGAAUGGAGACGCGAAACUAUUCAUACUGCCCGGUUCCACCGGUUACAAAACGCUGGCCGGUCUGUAUGCGGAUGAAGACAAUGUAGAUUUCGUGCGCGAGAUGCCUGUUAUGGUCGAUUACGUGCAAGGUUUUGUAAUUCCGACGAAGGAAAAUGUACCCAAGGAGGGUAUGCUUCCUUCGCCCAUUCCUGGACUGCCAGCAGUGACCGAAAAUCAGGUGCUAUCGGUGCGUUUCCAGGAUCCGAAGUUUGCGAACGAUUUUGUGUUCCCCGCAAGAAAGCUCGCCAAUGCUAUGGAUCAACCGAAGGUGCUGGAUGCGAGUGAAGGUCCAGUGAUCGGGUUCGGUCAACGUACAGAUCGAGCGCAACUUGCUCAAUCGGGUCAUCGGAUGCUGAAUAAUCGUUUGGGACUGGGGUACGGUGGUGGUGGACGAGGCGGAGGAGGAGGAGGAUACAACAACUCCCGGGGAUCGGGAGGCUAUGGCAACAAUAAUUACCACAAUGGUGGUCGUAGAGGUGCUAUGCAAAACUAUUCCGGCUACAACAGUAAUAAAGCUAACGAUGCAUAUAGCACCGGUAACCAGCAGUACAACCGUCAGGGCGAUGAUGGUCCGGCGGAUAACGUCGCAACAUCCGCAUCGGGCAGCGCCGGCAAUCGGAGCGUGUUCGAGCAGCUCAGCAGCCAGAUACAGCAGUAUCAGCAGCAAAUGAUGAACGAAAUUUCGCGCAAUACCUCAUCGCCGCCCGCGGCCUCGAACAUACUGCCAAAUCCGUUCGCCAAUCAGGUUAGCUACGAUUACAACAAUCCACGCGACAAUAGCAGCUGGACAAACAACAACGGUGGACGCCGUGGAGGUGGUUUUGGUGGUGGUGGAAGAUCCUACGGCAAUGGUGGUGGGAGAGGGAACUAUUGGAAUAAUAAUAAUAACAACAACAAUCGCUAUGGACAUAACAAUUAUGGUUCGUCCGGUGGGGGCAGAAAUAAUCGGUUUAACAACCAUCGCAGACCGUACUAAUCUAUGGAAGCGUUCCCUUUCGAGGUUUUAGUUUUGUUUUCCGCGUCUUUCGGGAAUUGAGCAUUUCUGAAAUAUGUAAAACUGCACGACGGUGCAAUGGACUUGGACUAAGUAAGCAAAAUAUGCGCAAAACAUAGCAACAUUUAAAGAACAUUUGAAUUUCAAUAACAACCUAUUUAGUGUCCCGAAUGUAUGGUACAAAUAGGCGCAUUUUAUAAAGAGGAAAUUAAGCUGCAAGUAACGGGAUCCGUUGUUAGUCGAAUUGGGAAGGCAGACCCGAUUCGCUAGGGCAAGUUAUUAGUUUGUUUCUUCCAAUGAAGAGACAUUACGUUGCCCCACCGAUGUAGAUAAAAUGUGCAAGUUGAUAGAUAUCAUAGUAGUAGUGGUAGCGUUACUAGAUAUGACUGAUCGUCAGCGUACAAAGUGCAUUUGUAUCAUUGAUCGCGUACGGUUUUCGUGUAAUUAAUUUGACACUUAGUGGGUGUGUGUGUACUACAUCUGCUGUGCGAGAAAGCGUUCCGCACCCCUGCCUCAUGCGAAUGUGAUCUUUCGUCAGAGUGAAAGCAUUUGCAGAGACAGCUUUUUGAACGUAUUACUACAUGGAACAUACAAUUAGAAUAAUAACCGUAAUAUGUGAAUAUUAAACGGUUGACGCAACUUUUAUCAAGUAAUGCAUGAUAAAUGCGACCUUAUUUUGCAAUCCGAAAGCAUUGAUCAUCAUGUGGUAGUAUUGUACAUCUUCCUUGAUACUUUUAUUAAUCUUCAUGUACUCCUAACAUAGUAAAAGUUCACGGGUUUGGAAAACAGUUGCAAAUACUAAAACAAUGUGAAUUUUAUUCACCACACAAUCAAUUAAAUUUCUCUUCGCUAUAAUCAGACAUAUCCGGAAUAAUAAACUGCAACAUGAAUCACUGUCCUCGUCUGUAACUUCUGUAUU